UAGGUUAAUAAACCGAACAAAUGCCUUCUCCCUACUCGCUUUCGACCGUUCAUCCAGUGGGCGUUGCUCCGCCAUUUUGGCUAAUCGGCCACGACUUGAUCGCCGCGGUGCGGCUGUGAACACAACAUGGCGGUUUGUGUGGCAAUUGUUGGCAAAGAUAACUCGCCGAAAUAUUUCAGCUGUUUGAAUCCGGACGAGGAGUUGAGUUUUCAGUAUAAAGUUUUGUCGUCGUUGGAUGUGAUCGAGGAGAAGUUGAAUGCGGGGAAUAAGGGGGCUAAUGAUUUGCGGGAGUUGUACUUAGGGAUGCUUUACUCACUCGAAACGCAUAAAAUUUAUGGCUACGUCACAAAUACGAAAAUUAAGUUUGUUAUAGUCGUGGAUUCGACCAAUAUGGCGCUUAGGGAUAAUGAAAUUAGAUCAAUGUUUAGAAAACUGCAUUCGGAAUAUGCCGAUAUUGUGUGUAAUCCUUUCUACAUUCCGGGAGAACCAAUUUGUUCCAAGUCUUUUGACGUCAAUGUCAAAAACAUCAUGACAGGAACUGUUUAGUUUCAAUAGUUGGCAAUACUGUGUAUUUAGCCAACUUAAUUUCAAUAAAAGUCACACUAUCGC